GUAGAUCCAUGUGCUAAAGUAAACUGUGGAAAGUAUGGUCAAUGUAGAGUUUCAUGGAAUUCUGAAAAUAAAUAUUUCUGCUAUUGUAAUGUGACCCAUUACGGUGAUCAUUGCCAAUAUCGUUUUGAUCAAAAUAAUCCAACAGAUAAUGGUAUGUGCGAUAUUUGUUCCUAA